CUUACUCUUCAUCCCUCUCCCUCACUCGUCCUUUCCUCCCUCCAGCUCAGUCGUCUUCCUCCUCGUCGCUUCGUCCUCUGCGGGAGAGACAACCUGCUUCGCUCGCUCCCUGUCCGCUCGCAGUCGGAGCUCGAGGCUUCAAGUUGUCUUGUCCGCGCCGUCGUCCCCUCGUUCGCUCGUCAUCUGCUCCUCCUGCGCACGCUUCUGCAGUCUCUCCACGAGGCUCUCUGAUCCUCCUCCCUCCCAUAUCCCCCCCCUCCCCCCCAAAAUUCUUGCGCUACGGGCCACCAUCUUCUGCACCACUUCGUCCCGCCGAUAGCACCACGCAAGGUCAUUACCUUUCCUUUCGACUGCACAUAUUUGUCGCUGCUGACCUGCUUCGUUCGUGUUCUUGCUUUUCGCUCCCGUCGUAAUUCCUUCAUUCCGCAAGGCAGCCUCCCCGUCUUUCCUGUCAACCAUGGCGUCCGCCGGUGUCAUUCCUGUCGCCAACGAGACGAAGGCGACGUCGUCGCGUAUCACAAAGGAGGGCCGAAAGAUUACCUAUGUUAUGUUAUGCAGGUGAUCCAACAGCCGGAGCGUGCUAGGGCCUGCGGGUCCGGUGCAAAGUCAUCUGCUGACAGGCGCCCUGUUGAUCCACCCCCAAUCGUCGACCUGCGCGUGUACGAAGGCGCCAAUGCCGAGAACGACAUCACUUUCCAGUACAACGCAAACUUCUUCCUCUUCGCAACGCUCGAGAAUGCCCGUCCCCUCGCCCAGGGCCGCGUACCUCCGUCGCAGCCGGCCUUCCCCGUUCUGACUGGCACUCCUGUCUCAGGCAUGGCAUACCUCGACCGUCCGUCGCCUGCCGGCUACUUCAUCUUUCCCGACUUGUCGGUGCGACACGAGGGCAAGUACCGCCUCGGCUUCUCGCUCUAUGAAGAGUUGAAGGACUCGAAGGACCUGGACACGGAGACUCCUCAGAACGCGGAGAUUCAGAAGAGCGCCCACGUCUCUCACAGACUGGAGGUCAAGUCCGUCCCUUUCACCGUCUUUAGCGCCAAGAAGUUCCCGGGCUUGUCCGAGAGCACUUCGUUGAGCAAACUUGUUGCCGAGCAGGGCUGCCGUGUCCGCAUCCGACGUGACGUCCGCAUGAGACGACGGGAGACCAAGGCCGGCCAUGAUUACGACAACGACUACGAUGAUCAUGAAUUCCAACGCAGCAGAGCCUCUGCGACGCCGGAUGUCUAUGUUAAGCCCCAUCCGGGAUCAACACCGCAGAUGCCCAUGCAUGACAUCGACCGUCCUCGCUCGGUCAGCAAUGCUAGCCAGGUCUCGCACAUGACCGGUAGGCGUCCAUCUGUAGAGCAAAUCAACCAGGCAUACCAGCCGCCAGGUUCCCAGCAAUAUCCCAGCGCCAUGGCUCCACAGACACCGCAGGCCAUGUAUCCGCCGCAAAUGGCUCCACAGUGGCAGCAACCGCCCCCGCCAGUGAACAACUACGGCAUGCAGCCACCUCAGCCGUAUCAUCAACAGAAUUACCCAUCACCUGCGGUCAACGGUCAAUACAACAACUUCGCGACGCCGCAAUACCCCUCCUACGAGCAGCAGAACGGACACAUGCGUCACAACAGCAUCGACUCUUACCCAGCCCCUCCAUCCGGGCCGCCACCUCCAGUUCCGACAUCACAGCCUGUCUCGUAUCCGAGCAGCAGCCAAUCUGGAGCGCCUUUCGGUCAAGUAGAUUCGUACGGACGGCCGAUGAACGCUCAAAUCCAGCCAGCGCAGUCACCGCACCAGAACAUUCCGAUGCAGCCUCACUUCUCGUCUGGUCCGGCUCACUCGCCCUCGACGUCGAAGCACGACUCCAUUUCUCCGUAUCAGCAGCAGGCCCCGUCCGUUCCCUCGGCAGAUCAACAAGGGUACUACCCAUCCGCUUCAGUCGCCCCACCCAGAUUCCAAAAUAUGACACAACCGUCCGGUGCCACUAAGCGAACUUGGGACUCCACCUUUGACGGAAGUCAUAUGGAUCAGCCUCUUCGCGGAGGUGCUCGUCCUCCCUCGUCUCCAAUGGAGAACAAGUAUGCCUACGCUGACGGCGUUGACGAUGAUCCUCAGGCUGCUCUGGACGAAGCCGCCAUGAGCUACAGACGCGCCGAUGGGACGGAAAGACGGCGUCGUCUUCCCGUUGUUGGUUAAGCACGUGCUCCAAUCACCAUGUCUCCGGAAACAAAACUUGAUUGUUUGUCUAUUGCUGGUGGCUGAUGUCCUUGACGCAUAAGAUUGACUUUGCUUGACGGGAAUAUUUUUAUAUUAAAAUACCCAAUGGCUUCAGCACAUCUUGAUGGCGUUUUCUCUGCGGGUUUGUUUCUCUUCUUUGCGACACGAGACGGCGCAAAAGAAGGUUACGAAGUGCUCAGCUUCACCUACCACUUCGUCUUGUGAGAGUCCAGGAAAUUUCUUUUUUUUUAUGCAAUUAUCUGGGAUCCUUCUGGGCGUUUCCAAAUUUUUGGGAUAUCUCUCGAUAAUUUUCAAUGCAACCAGGUUAAGAGGGUGCAAAAUCAAGGUCCUCGUAUUCGGCCUGCGCUACGACACCAGCCCAUCGAGCACACAUCGACCGUCUCAUUACGCCUUUUCAUUGACUCGCCUUUCUCAUUUGUGUCUAAAGUGUUUGGAUAAGCAUCGACCUCAUUCGAUUCAGCAACUACGAACUCUUGUUUGGCAUUCACGAAAACGGAGACGAACCCACUGUUACGACGAAGCAGACAGAACUUGGAGAGGCGAGCUUGGGGUCUUCAUUUAAUCUACAUUUUUUCACAUUAUAACUUACAUACGUCACCAGUUGUCAUAAAAUUCAAUCCUUUUUCAAUUCUGGUGUUUCUGUUGGGCUUCAUUCGAGUACCAGCUUUUCGGAUACCGCGGCAAGGGGGUUCAGGCAUUGUAGGAACAAAAGUCCGACGUGCACGUCUUGCAGAGAAGCUGGGGUUGAAGAAGAAGAGAUCAAAUCAAGCAAUGCCAGCCAACAUAUGUUUCAAUCAUUCUCCAUCAUUUGAUGACUUGUCCUUACUCCACUUAGGUUGACACGCGUGCCCUUAUUCCUUGCUCCGUGCUGUUUCUGUUCGCAGGGUGUCUUUGACAGAGAAGCCGUGGGCCCUCGUUGCUACCAGGCAAACGGUUGUUUCAGCGACCCAGACGAUG